AUGAUUUUGCAAGAACUUUUAAUACACCAAAUUUAUUUCCUCGACACCAGAGUAGGUUUUCAAAUUUCGUCGUAUUUGGUCGGCCAUCUUGGCUUUUUAAAUCCUGAGCUGGAUGAAGGGAUGGCAGCAUCUGAAGUAACGAGUCCAACCGACAUGCACGAUGAAAUGAAGGAUGAAGAUCUGAAGGCUACUGUAGCUUUGGAUAAACUCAUAAUGGGAGUCUCGCCGAAGUCAUCGGGACCAAUCUCUGCGGGUGAUGAUCAUGUUCCUUCGACAACUUACGUCACAAUUCAUCUCCCGGACGGGACUCAAGGAUCAACUCUAAGUCAACAGAAAUUACAGGAGCUUAUCAUGCACUUGUCUCAGUCCGGUCAGAUUCAGCUGCGAGAAGACAGUAAAAUUGUGAUAGAUGUGAGUUACCCCACUACUAGUUACUGUUAA